UUUUACUAUAAUUACUUUAUAUAUCAGCAAUUAAUGUGAUUUAUAAUCAAACUUUAUACAUAAUUGUGCAACAUGGACGUAACUCGUGAAAAUUUCGAACAAUUACUUCCGAGUAUCCAAAACGAUAUCGACAAAGCUACUUUUAUAUCAAUUGAUGGCGAAUUCACAGGCGUCACAUCCUAUAGAGAAUUGACACCUUUUGAUACAUUAACCGAGUACUAUACAAAAUUCAGAACCGGUUCAAAAGACCACUUACUAAUCCAACUAGGACUAUCUAUAUUUACAUACGACGAUGAUACCAAGUCUUAUCGAAACAAAUGUUAUAACUCAUAUGCUUUUCCAAAACCUCACGGACGACAGGCUGCUAAUUAUAGUUUUUUAAGCCAGACCUCUUCAAUGAUCUUUCUUGCGGAACAAGGUUUUGAUUUUAACAAACUGUUUAGAUAUGGUAUUCCUUAUUUGAAGGAUGAGGAGUCUUAUCUUUAUGAGCAAAUGGAGGAGAAAAAUAAGUUGCGGGAGGAAGGGAAUUUGAAUGAACAGAAUCAUAUAUCUGUACCUGAUAUUGAUAAAGAAUUUGUGGACAAAAUCAGUAAAAAUGUUGAAGAAUUUUUGGAGUCUGAAGAAAAUGAAUUAAUACUUGAUCGAUGUAAUUCAUUUUUGAGACGAUUGCUGUAUCAAGAGCUUGAAGCAAGAUUUAAAAAUAAGUUAUUUUUAGAAACACGAACAUUAGAAAACCAUAAUGUAGUUCUCGUAGUACAAAAGGCUUUAACACCAGAACAAUUAGCUGAAAAAGAAGCCCAACGAAAAGAACGUGAGGAACGUGAAUUAAAAGAAAGCGUUGGGUUAAGUCGGUUGAUUCAAUAUCUUUCCAAUUUAGGGAAACUAAUAGUUGGUCACAAUAUGCUUCUGGACAUCAUGCAUAUGAUAAAACAAUUUUUUGGACCUCUUCCUGAAGAUUAUCAAGAUUUUAAAGAUUUGGUACAUGAUUUGUUCCCAAGAAUAGUUGAUACAAAAGUUUUAUCAAACGCACCAGUAUUCAAAGAUAAAAUCAACUCAAGUGUUUUGGGGCACUUGUUAGCGACUUGUUCAGAGGAGCCUUUUAAAAUUCCUACAAUAGAACAGGAUAACAAAGAGUUCGGUUACAAAGAUAACGAGAGCAAAGAGCACGAGGCUGCCUAUGAUGCUUUCAUCACUGGCAAAUGUUUUUUGAGUAUGGUUAAUUAUUUAAAAAAUACUGAAGAUGAAAAUUGGAGUUUUGAUUUAGAAGUUAUAUCACCGUUUAUAAAUGCUAUACACUUGAUGCGAUUACACGACAUUCCGUAUAUGAAAUUAAACGGCAAAGACGUUGUUCCAUCACGAAAUCAUGUGUUCCAUGUGACUUUUCCCAAAGAAUGGAAAACUACAGAUGUUUCUCAACUCUUCAGUGCAUACGGGACUGUCCAAGUAUUUUGGCUGACAGAUGGAACAGCUUUUGUAGCUUUGCACAGGAAAAGAAAAUGCUUCUGCAGCUUCAAAAGCAUUUUCCAAAAAACUUCAACAAAUUAUAAAGUGCAAUCGUAUUAUCAGUACAGAGGAUAA